AUGGAUUCUUACGCUCAUACAUUCAACUGCUAUCCAUCAUCACCAGCAACCAUGCCAUGCAUGUAUACGAAUUUCAAUACACCGCCUUCGGCAUCUUACUGUCCAUGUUGUUAUCCAGCAACACCAUAUUACUAUUCACAGCCAAUUUCACCACCAGCCACUCCUUACAUGCAUACAGUGACUCAGAUUUCUACUCCACCGAAAUCAGCGCAACCUUCAUCAACGAAAGUCACUCGAUUGCAAUAUUCAAAUAAAGAUCGUUACAUCUUGAAUGAAUUAUUCAAACGAACACCGUAUCCAAAUGCUAUUCAACGAGAUGUCAUUGCUCGACAACUUGGCAUCAGCCAAGAACAAAUUCGUAUAUGGUUUCAAAAUCGUCGACGUUUACAAACACAACGAGAUUCCGGUGAACGAUUAGCAACUACGAAUGAAUUGAUUGCUCUACAAAUGGGAAAGUCACAUGUCGAUUCCAGUGAACUAAAACAACUAUUGAACGAAGUGACGAAAUAUAAAAAUGCACCGCCACGUCUUCGAUUGGAUGAAUCAGCUUGA